GCAAAUUUGGCUCCUGGCCUGCCUGCGGUGAGCCUCCGAGAAAUGAUCUCAUCUCUCCUUCACGGUCUGCCUGCCAUGUGUGACAGGUCUGACUCCGGCCGCUGCGUAUCGGAGCGUGCCCCCCACGGAUAAAUAGAGGAGUUUGUUCCGCCGGCUCCUUACACUGCCACGAUGCACCCGUUGGCCCGGGGGGGAACAGGAGCCACCAUGCUCCUGGGGCUGCUGCUGCUGAUGAUGAUGAUGAUGAUGUCCCGCUCGGCCCAUGCAGCCAUCCUGGAAGUGAACGGAAACCUGAGCUGUAGGUGUGUAAAGACAACUUCAGACUACAUCAGCCCAAAGAGAUAUGAAAGCAUUGAAAUAAGACCCGUGGGAAGCACCUGCAGACGUACAGAGAUCAUAAUUAAAUUAAAAACCUCGGCAAAAGUGUGCGUGAACCCCGAGGCCCCUUGGGUAAAGAAACUACUGAAGCGUAUUGCGACCACGAAGAAAAAAUAAGUUUCCUGCUGAGGAAGUUGAUGCUCAGAGCCCCGAGGCAGACUGCCAGAUGAUGCACAGGCGUGGAAACCUGGCCGCUCCUCGCUCUGCCCCUGCUUCCCCCUUUCCCGAAAGCCAGAGCCCCGUGUCUGGCCCUGUGGCAGCCGAGCUGCUCCCUGUACUCACAGAUGUGUGAGUGUUGAGAGUGAACCCUUCGUUUGUUCCCCUGCCCAUGCACUUUGAAGUCUGUGUUUUUCAGGGGCUAUCCCCACCUCUCUUGGAGCAACUUUGAGAGCGCUCACCAACAGAGCGUGCGUCUUGUCUCUCCUUACAGGGCGCGGUGCCCGGUGUCCUGAGAGCUCGAGUCAAAUAAAAUCUGGGUUUUUCUUC